UCAAUGUUAUUGUCAUUUGAUUUAAAAGUCAAUGCAAAAAAACAAUAUAUAUAUAACCUCAAAAGUUAAAUAACUUUUCAUAUAUAUCUUUAUUUUAACAAAACAUAAACUAUGAUAACAAUUUCGAGUAUCUGGAAGAGUGCUCCAACGAAAACUUAUUUAAUUUUGCAAGCGAGAUAUAAAUCCAAAACACAUUGGGCUAAAUUAAAAAAGAAGACUGGUCCAAAACAUAAGGCACUGAAUCAUUUCGAUGAAUUCUACGGCUCUGUUUUUGGUAAUAAAUGGGAGCCGAUAAGGGAAGCUCUGUUGCGUAAAUCCAAGUAUGUCGCUGUGGUAAACAAUUACGGUGAUUCAGAAGCUACCAUGGAAGAUCUAGCUAAGAGAGGAGCUCACUGUCUCGAAAACCUCAUGUCAAUACAGAAGGAAUUUCAUGACCAAUACGACCCACAAAAGGAACCUCCUCCAACACAGAGUACAAGUCCAAACAAUUAUGAUAACUAUAUAGCUAAGUUACAGAGUGAGGAGAUAGCUAAUAUUUAUCCACAAGGGGAGAAUGUUCCAGAAAAGGUAGAGUUGAGUGAGGAUAGAGUAUUGAGAAGUAGCAGUGAGGAAGAAGUUAAGGAAGGCCACAAAUCAGCACCAAAUCUCAAUCAAGCAAUAGAAGAAGCCCAACUAGAUCAUUCUAGAAUCAUUGAGCCCUCUAUGGGGAUAUCAUCCGAGGCUCUGUACCAGUAUGUGCCAGCAACCAAGCUAAAAGGGCUGGACGAAUGGGUGCCAGAAUCUCUGCACUAUUCUUUUAUGUCUAAUAGAGAAGGAGACUUCCCUCUAGUAAUAGAACCAGAAACUCAAUUCGUAUACCCCGAGCAUUUGAAAGUGAUGACGUAUGAAAUGAAUAGCGAAUACGACAAGUUCCCAGAACCUAAGAGAUGUCAAACAGGUGUGUUCAACUACUACCCAAUGGAUUGUGGCAGCGUGCUAUCAGUGCUAGCACUGUGCCUGUCCCCGGGCGACAGGGUGCUGGACCUGUGCGCGGCGCCGGGGGGCAAAGCCCUGGUCGCGUUGCAGACUCUACUGCCGGACGUGCUGCUCUGCAACGACGUCUCCAUAUCCAGGGCUAACAGGAUAGAACGUAUAUUCCGCGAUUACUUGAUGGACUUCGAGACAGGCAACAAGUGGCGCGAGCGCGUGCUGCUCACGCGCCGCGACGGACGAGACUUUGUCGACGACCAUGGCUUUGACAAGGUACUGGUAGAUGUGCCGUGCACCACAGACAGACAUUCGGUGAUGGAAGACGACAAUAACAUCUUCCGAGCCGACCGAGUCAAGGAAAGGCUGAGGAUACCGGAAUUGCAGUCACAGCUGUUACUGAACGCGCUUCGAGUGGUGAAGGUGGGCGGCGCGGUGGUGUACUCCACGUGCUCGCUGAGCCCCGCACAGAAUGACGGUGUGGUGCACUCCGCGCUCAAGGCGGCCUUCCAGGGCCACGGCAUCAUGGCCGCCGUCAGGGACAUAUCAGCCCCCUUCAGGGCGCUAAGCAGCACAUUGCGCCUAGCAACCGGAGCCAUUAAACCAAAGUACGGCCAACUCGUAGUACCAGAUGUAGCGGCUAACUUUGGACCCUCCUAUAUCGCAAGACUUGUUAGAGUUAAGUAGAGACAAGGUCAUAACAGAAAGAAAAAUACUUCAGUCACAGAAUACGAAUAUGAUAUUACAUUCAGGAUGUAACCAGAACGAAGAUAGGUGAUAGUACUGAUGACUGGAUACCAUAAAAAAAAAGAUUUUUUAAAUCUUGUGUUUUUUAAAAGUUCACAAUAUAUAGCAAAUAAAACUCUGACUCUAGAGGUCAACGAAUGUUCCGUAAAUAGGUCACCCGAAGUCAAUGCCGUGUUGUAGAUGGGGGAUUUGGGGAGUUUUGCACACUAUACAAUCCCGGGUUUGAAAAAUACUAAAACUACAAGAUAAGGCAAAUGCUUGUUGGUAUUGGAUUGUGUUAAGAUAGUAUAAUAAUAACGCAUGUUUUUGCUAGCGUUCUGGUUAUAGAGGUUCGAGGAAGCCGUCUAUACCGAGCAAUCGUGUGACGUGUGAGAGCGACGAAGCGACCCGAACUGGCCUACGUAGGUAGGGCCCUAUUGAAGGAUCGUCGUGGUUGUCAUCUACCACGAUAUCAAAGGCGUUGGUCUGUGUCUUUCUUUAUACCGUGCUUUCAGUACAACCAUUGUUAUUUAUAUUAAUGAAUUGUAAAUAUUAGUAGCCUUUUAUACUGUAAUAAAAUUGUGUUAAAUUGAA